AUGACCCAUCUCUUUAGGGAUUGCGAAAUCACCCAAAGAAUCUGGAGAUCCUCUAUGGGUAUUACAGCAAACCAGGGUAAUCAUCUUUUGAUUCCAGAGUGGAUCAAAAACUUCCUCAACCUCUUCAGAAAAAGGAAAAGGAGAACGGAAGAUAUUAUGGAAAUUGAAUUCAUCUCUACCCUCUGGGGAAUCUGGCUUCACAGAAAUGAAGUCACCUUCAAAGAUAGCUCCACAAAUCCUAGAAGGAUCAUGGAGAUUACCAAAGAAAACAUAAUGAGAGCGAAGAACAGAAGGUCACAAAGAGAUUCUCGUUUAGAGGAAAAUGUUGAAGCAAGCAACAGAGAGCCUGAUUGGGAAGUGGGCCAAAACAGAUCGAUAAACGUUCAAUCACUGGUGGUUGAUGGAGCUUGGAAGAAGAACGCAAAGUCUAAUCAGUGGCAAGCAGCUAUAGCCUGGAAAAACUUAAACAAUGACCCAAGAGAAGAAUUUGCAGGGAAAAUUUUUGCUACCUCUCAGUCCAGACGGAAGCCUACGCAGUUAUGA